AUGGAAGCCGAAAGAAAAAUAGCCAUCUACCACAAAACUGUUGCCCAAGCAUAUAACAGGAUCGUUAAGCCUCAAGCUUUCAAGCAAGGAGAUCUGGUGCUAAAAGUCGUCGAGCAUGUGAGAAGACAAAUGUCAGGACCAUCCAAGUUUGCCCCGCAAUGGGAAGGUCCGUUCGCAGUCAAGGAAGUACACAACAGUGGCUAUUAUCGCUUGAUCUCUAUUAAGGAAGGCAUGCUAACGGAUCCCAUCAAUGGAAAAUGGCUCAAGCCCUACUACUGCUAA